AUGGCGAACAAUCAAGGCGAUUCCUCCUCAAUCGACUUCCUCGAGCAAUUUCUAGGGUUUCCGACCUAUGCCUCUGCCGGAUUCGGUGCUGAUAUGGCCGGAAACGAGCCCCCGGUGGCGGCCGCCAUGAUGCUGAAUCUCGGCUCCGGCGGCGGCUCGUCCCACCUCGGUGCCGGUUACGGCGGCGGCGGUUUGCCGCUGGGAUUGAGCUUAGAGAAAGAGGAUGGAAGAUUUGUUGGCGGGAACACUCAUACCGUGAUUGGUGGUUCCCGCGCUUCUUCUAUCAAACAGGAAAAGGUGAAGACACUUCAAGCAGGGCCGAAUCCAUCCACAGUUCGACCCAAGAUACGAGCUAGACGAGGCCAAGCAACCGAUCCACACAGCAUAGCCGAGAGGUUGCGUCGGGAAAGAAUAGCCGAACGAGUAAGGGCUUUGCAAGAACUAGUGCCCAGUAUUAACAAGACCGAUAGAGCAGUUAUGGUUGAUGAAAUUGUGGAUUACGUGAAGUUCUUGAGACUCCAGGUGAAGGUGCUGAGCAUGAGUAGAUCUGGAGGAACUGGUAAUGUGGCUCCACUGGAGCUGGACAUCCCAAUAUCAUCACUAAUAGAGAACUGGUCAAACGAAGAUACCGAAAGACAAGUCGCUAAGCUUAUGGAAGAAAAUGUUGGAGCCGCAAUGCAAUUCCUUCAGUCCAAGGCACUCUGCAUUAUGCCUGUAUCUCUUGCUUCGUCUAUAUGCUACUCAUCGUAA